AUGUCCAUGUCUACAAUAGAGGAAGCCGGGGACUUCUUCAUGUCUCUGCUGUGCGCAUUUGGGAACUGGUACAAUGGCUCGGGGUUUGCUGAGGAGCACAGUCGCGUGUUGCUGGGCGCCAACAUCUCGAACCAGAGCCAGGUGGAGCUGUUUGCCAGCCAGUGGAACGUCUUUCUGCCGGAACGCCACUCACGGCUGUUGCAGGUGUGUCCCAUCCUGGGCUUCCUGGCGGUGGGGCUGGCCACGCCGCUGAUACUGGUGCGUGUGCUGGCCGGCGUCCACCUUCGCCAGCAGACCCGCUUCCUCCUGCUGGCCAACGCUCUGCUCAGUGACCUGCUCUUCCUGUCUGUCUACAUGCUCAGCACCUGCCUGAACGUGGGCGGCGUGCUCAUGUCCGACUACGCCUGUGCCACCCUGCUCCUCCUGUUGGGGGCGCUCUACAUGGCCGGCAUCCUCAGCGCAAAAGCCAUGGUGCUGGACACGUCGCUGGCCGUGCUGGCGCCGCUGCGGUACCCGGCCCUCUGGCCACUCUCGCGCACCCGGGGCGCCAUCGCCACCAUCUGGCUGCUGUCGGCACUCUUCCCAGCAGCGUCGGUUGGUGCCUUCCUGUGGUAUCACGCCACGGCACCCUGCUCCAUGCACAUCUGUUCGCUGCCGCUGGUCCUGGUUCUGACGGUCAGCCACUCCCGGCUCCUGCAGGCGUCCAUGCUGCUUACGGUGACGGGCAUCCUGGUCAUCCUGCUGCUGGUGCUCUCGGGCUACCUGGUGCUGUGCUGGCAGACACGGCAGACAAGCAUAUGGAAGGGCGAGUGCUCGUCCCGUGCCAGGGGCACCUUCCUCAUCCACUACCUGCACCUGUUCCUCUCCUUCUGCCCAAUACUGUUGCUGGUCAUCGAGCUGCUGCUCUACUGCCACUACAGCGUGCUGGACCUGCGCGCCAACCUCUGGAUCUCGAUGGUAGUCUGCAAUGUGCUGCUGGUGCUGCCCAAAGCCCUGGCUCCGUACCUGUACGGACUGAGGUACAGGGACUUGUCUGGGGCAUUGUUUGCCCUCUUUAGGUGCAAAAGGACAUCUACUGUCAGUCCUGAGAUAUAACUCUGCCCCACUGCAUGUUCAUC